AUGCGUGUUUUGGUGUCAUACGACAGGACUGAUAUUGGACGCCAGUGGCGCAUCACAGCUUCAGCCAGGGAUAUAAAGUUUGCUGGUCAGUUUAGUUUCUUCCGAGAAGACGGUUCGAAUUACAGCCUGACGGAUUUUAUGCCCCAGCUCGCUAUCCCCAGGGUUGAAGUAGAAUACCUCUAUACUUCUCAGCAACCCUCAGAGCUUUCGAUAUCAGGGAGUAUCAAACUUGGCCCCAUCCUACUCCAGAUGGAGUACAAGCAGAAGAAAGGAGAGGAGUGGUUUUUCGAGGCCGAUAGACCUGAUGCCGAGCUUCAGGGGACGGAAGUGACAAUGAAAUUUCUCUUGAGUGGCCUUCUGGAUGACCUACACAGUGUCCCUGAGUUCAUCACCAACCUCGCCUUGUCCCUCGAUGAGGUGAGAGGUGGUAUCAAGUGCUACUCAGUUACACAAAUGUCUGCUUCUGGCCAAACACUGAAAUACUCUGUCUUCUCUCUGGAACUGGAUGUGGGAGACUUCUCGUUCACCUUUGCCCAAAUCCAGCGAUACGACACCUUCGAGGCAACGGCUACUAUGAAACUACCAACUCGUAUACUGCGCUUCGGUAUUACCGGCUUUCCAGAAAUUACAGAUGUCAUGGUGGUUGGAAACUUCAAGCCGCCAUUUGAUGAGCUGGAUGUACUUUGGGUGAGCGCAGAGUUGACUCAACCUGAGCUGGACAUCCUCAACCAAAAGGCCUUUGCAGGUCACUCACCAUUACUCUGCCAGAAAAACGUCAAGGCUCAGCCAGACGCAGAGAAGAUUUCAAAGCCUCCGGUUCUCCUCCAAUCCGGCUGCCAUUUUCAAGUACUUCUGCACGAAUCCAGCGCCCCAACUCUGGUAUUGGACUAUGCCUUCCGCAAGUCCAAACAAUCACCCCAAGAUGAUCGAGAUGGCAAGCUGAUCCAUCUACCUCCGGCGACAAGUGACUCUGGAGAGCCAGCCGCUGUGCAAGGUGACACCGUCGUGGCGCCACUGACCAAGACCUCCGGCCCGCUGUCAGUGCGCAGUAUCAGUGUCAAAGCCACAAGUGCCAGCAGGAUUGUGAGUACAAUCGACGGCUCGGUUACCCUUGGACCCGUUGGGCUUGCCCUUCUGGGCUUCGCGGUUGGCUUAGACUUUGCGAUUGUCAAGAACCCAUCGCAGUUGAUGAAUGCAAAGCCUGACUUCAGCCUGGAUGGCAUGGCCGUCGUCUUUGAUCGCGCACCGGUCCGGCUGGCUGGUUUAUUUUCGAGGACGGCCAAACAAGAGGGUGCCGAGUACCGUGGUGGAAUCGCCAUCACGGUCAGUUCCUGGUCUGCGAUUGCCAUGGGUGCGUACGAGGAGCUUCGGACGUACAAGUCGUUGUUUGCUUUUGGGGUCAUACAGGGUCCCCUGGUAGAGUUUGGCUGCGCUGAGAUCAAGGGCGUUGCAGGUGGCUUCGGGUACAAUUCGCAUCUUACGUUACCCGACGUUGACCAUGUCACCAACUUUUCUCUCGUUGCCAUGAACAAAGGACUCGCAGAGCCAAAGGGCGACAUUAUGCUUCAACUGGUAGAGCUAACCUCAGGUCCUGGGAUGCAGUGCAUCACUCCCGAAAAAGAUUCGCUGUGGCUCGCGGCUGGCAUAUUACUAAUGUUGUUACUUACAGGAAUCUCAAUCAAGGCCUUGCAAGUGUUAGACGUACUCGCCGUUCUUGCCUUGGACCCUUCUUCAGACCCAAAGUUUGGUCUCAUUGAGGAGGCCACUGCUAUAAUCCCGAAAGGAGUAGACCGCGAUAAGGCUUUUGUUGUCAUCGAGCUGCAUCUUAUCGCCGUUGUUGAUCCCGGCCACGGUCUUCUCACAGUGACUGGACAGUUGACGCCCCGGUCCUACAUUCUCAGCCCUUCGUGCAGCGUCACCGGUGGAUUCUGUAUAGCAUACUUCUUUGAGGGUUCUGGACAUGAAGGCGACUGGGUGUUGUCUAUCGGUGGCUACCAUCCAAGCUUCCAGACUCGGAAUUUCAUGGUCUAUGACAACGAAUUAAGCAUCACAGGUGAGGCUUACUUUGCCAUCACUCCCGCCGCUUGCAUGAGAGGGGGUCGGCUAGAUGCAGUCUUCUCCACUGGUCGAACUAAGGCGACUUUCAACGCCUACACGAACUUCCUCAUGUACUUUCGCCCGUUUCACUUCCAGAGCGAGAUUGGUGUUAGCGUGUAUGCCUCCACAGUCAUCGGCUGGCGCUGGUUCAGUGUGGAGAUACAAGUCGAGAUCAGUGCUAUGCUGGAGCUACAUGGGCCACCUAUAGCUGGCGUUGCCCACUUGCACUUCUGGUUCCUUGAGAUAUCCGUACACUUCGGCCCAGAUUCUCCUGGCGUGCCCAGACUUACCACUUCACAAUUCUUGGCCAUGAUCAAGCAAGCCGAGAACGAUGAGGAGGCAGUGAGAGUAGAAGACCAUUUGUUCAACAUCUAG